AUGCAUAUAUAUUCGUGUCACCUUCGGCGGCCACUGUACAGGUGUCCUAUUUGCGAUGUUUCUUCAACAUAUCACAUCUCCAAUAUUCGGGUUCAUAUUAAGAAAGUCCACAACGUCAUGAGCGAGCCCAUUUGCUUAAAGGAAGAAUAUGAGAACGAAGUGAACGCUUUCUUAUACAGUUGCUUCGGAGAUCAUCAAAUUUUCCGGCGACAAGAUCCAGAUGUUGUAGCAUGCCUUGUCGAUAUCCUUAACCACGUCAGUAACGGCUUACCGGCGUCCAUGGCUUCGUUGGCAGGUUUCCGCUCCCGAAAUGGUGGUAAAGGAAAUCCAGAUCCGUUUUCAUCAGCAGCGAAUUUUAGUGAGCACCCAACAAUCUUAACUCGAAGCCAGUCCCGAAACACUUGUAGAUUGUGCUUUGAGUCUAACGUGAAACAUUUGGAGCGGCACGUUUUACAGCAUCACAUAAAACAGCCAAUGUUCUUGUGUCCUUGCUGCAACUUCAGCAGCUGCUAUUCAUCAACGUCGGUCAAGGAUCAUAUUAAGACUCGUCACAGCAUGUUUGAUCCCGUGCCGCUGGAUGUGAGGGAAGAAUACGUAGAACUCAUUCAAACGGUUUACAACCAGUGUUUCGUUGACGAGACUAGUGUGCUGGUUAAUAGGAUUGCUUUCAAGCAGUAA